AUGCCCAAUCAUCCUUACUACCCAUUGGAUGCCAACGUGGUGGGCUAUCAGCCCAACCAGACUCCCGUCCUCGAACUCAUCCUAUCCGCUGGUGGAGCAUGCACCGUUCUUCUCGGUGUGACUUUCGCGUUGGCGAGCUAUGUACGACCGAAGCUGCAGCUAGCGGAUCGCAUUGCCAUCCUAUGGUUUGUCCUCUCUGGCAGCCUGCACUGCUUCUUCGAGGGCUAUUUCAUGAUCCACCAUGACCACAUGGCAUCAGCCCAAGACCUCUUCGGGCAACUGUGGAAGGAAUAUGCCCUGUCUGAUUCCCGCUAUAUGGUCUCGGAUACCCUGGUCUUGUGCAUGGAGACCAUGACCGUACUUCUGUGGGGGCCACUUUGCUUCGUUGUUGCAUACUUGACCGCAACCAGGCAUUCUCUGCGCCACCCCAUCCAGGUCAUUGUGUGCAUGAGCCAUCUUUACGGCGACACACUGUACUAUGCGACCAGUCUGUUUGACGAGUAUGUCCACGGACGCCCGGUUUCCCGCCCGGAGCCAUAUUACUUCUGGCUUUAUUAUUUCAUGAUGAACUUUAUCUGGAUUGUCGUUCCAGCCUGUAUGUGCCGUGCAGCCUGCGUUGUGACCGUUUUGCUGAUCCGUUCUAGACUACCUGUACCAAAGCAUCACCACCAUCUCGGCAGCGUUCAAGCGGCUGGAACAGAAGAAGACCAACUAGUGUACCACCUUCGUCAUCGAUGGGGGGCAGUGGAGCAUUAG